AUGGACUCUUCGCGGCGGUCUCGGAACCGCGCCGCCUGUCGGAGGUGUCAGCGACGGAAAAUCCGCUGUGACGGGGAUCUUCCCCGCUGCGCAUCGUGCAGAAAGGCCAAUGUAGCCUGUGUUAACGAUGGUAAACAAGAGGUUAAUCGCACGUACAUUGUGAAUCUGCAAAAACGAGUGCAGUGGUUAGAGUCCUUGGUAAAGGAACAGGAUCCAACGGUCCAGCUACAGGAUGGCCCGCAAGUGGACCUGUUGGAUAUCACACAAAUCGAACCUACGGUGGAAAGCACCCAAGUCGAAUCUACCUCACCACAGGGCACUCGCACUCGCCGGUCAAUAACACCCCACCUACAACACGGGCCAGCAGACUCGCAACCAUCUCGGACACAUUCAAGACCUGCCCAUGAAAUUGGACUUGUCUCUCUCUCCUCAGGAGAACCGCGAUACAUUGGUCCGUCAAGCGGAUAUUUCCUAGCAAACCUCAUAUUUUCGAGUGCUGGCCGUCGAACGGGGCCAUCAGGAAAUAAUGGCAAUGCGAACAAGCCAAUGUCACUUUCGUCCGAUUUUUUUAACAGCCCAGCACCGCUCCCAGGUCGCAAAGAAGACGCCGUAGAGCUGACUUCAAAGUACUUCGCCUCGGUGCAUCUCGUAUACCCGUUUCUACACCAACCAUCGCACAUGACAAGGCUCGAGAGAAUGUAUAGCAAUGAAGCACCUCCCGACCCAGCUGAUGCCUUUCAUGUCUAUAUGGUGCUUGCAAUAGCAGCCUCGGAUAUAUCUAGACGCUUUAGAAUUCCUCUUCCGGCCGAGGGGUAUUAUACAGCAGCUACCCAGUAUUUCGAACGUGCAUGUGCCGAUGGCUCUUUGGAAGGACUGCAGAGUCUGCUCUUGCUAAUGGUAUAUGGGCUUCAUAAUCCAUCGUGCGACAUCAAUGUCUGGAGCCUGAAUUAUCAAUGUUUGGGCUCCCUUAUUGACUUGGGCCUUCAGCGUGAUGUUCGCACAUCAUCGACAUUCUCCAUCUCGUUCUUGGAGCAGGAAAUGCGGACUCGCAUCUUCUGGGUUGUAUACAGCUUUGACCGUACGUUAGGGACGAUGAUGGGGCGACCGAUCGGUGUGAGAGAUGAAGCAUGUGAGCUUCGGCUCCCAUCAGAUGUCUCUGAUAGUGAUCUUUCUGAGUCAGUUUACGACGAAACCUCGCAAAAUGGCACAACUUCUCACAUGACCUUCUCUAUCCACCUGUUCAAACUCGCCCGCAUCAACUCUGAGAUUAAAUAUGUCAUGCACAGCAUUUGCAGAGAUCCUCCCCGAUAUGCCUACCCACCGGUACCCGACAUUCAUCUGUGGCAGAAGGAGAUGAUUGAACGCCUUCAAACUUGGCUUGCAGACAUUCCCCGUGGACCAGAAGACGAUGCUAUCGCCAAAAUAUGCGAAACAAAGUAUAACGAAAUGAUGAUACUGGUGCUAAGACCUAGCCCCGGGAUUCCUGAGCCAUCGGAAGAGACGCUCGCGCGAUGCUUCCAGCAUGCCGUAGAUCUUAUCCGCGGGUUUGGGGAGCUUUAUAGACAGGAAGCUCUUGUAUACAGCAGACUCAUUGUUCACUCUGUCUUCUUGAGUACACUGAUAAUGCUACACUGCUUGUGGAGACUACCGCAUGUUGCAUCCGAGGUGCAGAUUGAUGAGGUGGUCGCCGAUACAAGCAUCAGCCUGAAUAUCCUAAGCAGUAUUGGAGAAUACUGGGCUGAGGCUAAGCGGGCAAGGGAUUGUAUCCACGAGUUAUCCGGUGCAACUGUUCAGAGAAUUAUGAAGAUGCGAAGCUUAGAAGCCCCUUCAAGGUCGACCAGACAAGGCAAGAACCAAUCAAUUUCCGGCACAGGAAGAGCACAGCGGCUACAGACUGCCAAUGAGGGAGGGGAGCUUCCUUCUCUUCGUACUGACACUGGUGUUGAAAAUCUGCCGCUGAACUCCUUUAUGGAUGAUUACGAUCCGCAUGUUGAUUCUAUGAGUUGGCUGCAUGAUUCCAUGCCCGGGGGUUUUAUGGACUUCAGCGGGGCUCCGGACUUUGACACUCUCAUGUGGGAGGUUUUUAAUGCUAACUGA